GAGAGAGAGAGAGAGAGAGAGAAAGAGAGGCAAAACAAAUGAAAAACUUCGCGUAAAAACUUUGGCACAGAUGAGGAUUGAAUAAGACCGAAAAAGGUGUGUACCAAAAACCAGAAUAGGAUGACCAACCCGAGGCAAAGCCAAAGCAAGUUCCACGAAUUGACCAACCGUCUCGUGACCUCGUCUGUCUCUCAGUGACUCAGCUGUCUCGGCCGACCAAACUCACUGCCAUCCCAUCACACAACAGAGCUCUUAUAACGACUGCAAAUCCGCUUUUUGCAAGUCUUUCUUCUGCUUUGAAUUUCAUUGUUUCUUUUAUAUGUACAUAUAGUGUAUUUAUAUAUCAAAAGAUGAAAUGGUUGAGUUGAAUCAGCAGAAAAGAUGAGAGGUCACUCCCCUACUACUACUCCCAUUGAACCCAGACACCGCCUUUCUUCACCACCUUAUGAAGACACCAACAAAAGAAGGCCCCAGAGAAACAAAGUUCUUAAAGAUAUUGAAAAGGCCCUCCACCUUCAUGCUCAAGAAAGAAUCUUAAACUGCAAGCCUACCUUGAAACUGGUGUUGAUCGUUCUCGUAUUCGGGACUUUUGUGACGCUCUUCCUCUCUUCUGCUGUUUAUAAUACAGAUCACCUCUCCAGCUCUGUAUCUCAGCUAACUUCUCAACGCAGAUGGAUGAGAAUGAGCGUUCCUGCAGAUUUACGUUAUGUAUCAUCUUUACAGAUAAACUGGAAUGAAAUUUUGGAUUUUGUUGAAAAACUCACUCACAAAAAUGAUUAUCGGAGAAUUGGCCUGUUAAACUUUAAUGACAACGAGAUUGACAAUUGGAAGGAGCUCUUUCCAGAUUCUGAGCAGGUUGUUCUGCAUCUCAACUAUGCGCCAAACAACGUAACAUGGGAAUCCUUGUAUCCUGAAUGGAUAGACGAAGAACAAGAAUCCGAAGUUCCUGCUUGUCCCUCUCUACCAAAGAUUCAAAUUCCUGAAAGCUCACCGUUCGAUCUGGUUGCUGUCAAGCUUCCCUGCAACAAGUCAGGCAGCUGGUCAAGAGAAGUGGCUCGUUUGCACUUGCAGCUUGAAGCAGCAAGGCUGGCGGCCUUGUCCCAAGGAUAUCACCCGGUGCAUGUACUUUUGGUGACCGACUGCUUUCCCAUCCCAAAUUUAUUCACUUGCAAAGAUCUUGUUAGACAUGAAGGGAACGCAUGGCUCUAUGAACCGAAACUUAAUACCUUGAGAGAGAAGUUACAGCUCCCUGUAGGAUCAUGUGAGCUUGCACUUCCUCUCAAGGCUAAAGAAGAUUUUGACUCGAAAAGACCCAACCGAGAAGCAUAUGCAACGAUCCUACACUCUGCAGAUGUAUAUGUUUGUGGAGCCAUUGCUGCAGCUCAAAGCAUCCGUAUGGCUGGUUCAACACGAGAUCUUGUGAUACUGGUCGAUGAAACAAUCACUCAGUAUCAUCGAGGAGGACUGGCGGCUGCAGGGUGGAAGAUCCACACAAUCCAAAGAAUCAGGAACCCUAAGGCUGAAGCAGAAGCUUACAACGAAUGGAACUACAGCAAGUUCCGUCUUUGGCAGUUGACUGAUUACGACAAGAUCAUUUUCAUUGACGCUGACAUGCUUAUACUCAGGAAUAUCGAUUUCCUGUUUCAGAUGCCAGAAAUAUCAGCUACAGGAAAUAAUGCUACUUUGUUCAACUCAGGUGUGAUGGUUGUCGAACCCUCAAAUUGUACAUUCCGGCUGCUCAUGGACCAUAUCAACGAAAUUGUAUCCUACAACGGUGGUGACCAGGGGUAUCUGAAUGAGGUAUAUACAUGGUGGCACAGGAUUCCGAAACACAUGAACUUCUUGAAACAUUUCUGGGAAGGUGAUGAGCCGGAGAUAAAGCAAAUGAAAACGCACCUCUUUCAAGCUGACCCUCCAAUGCUCUAUGUCCUCCAUUACCUUGGUAACAAACCGUGGCUUUGCUUCCGCGACUAUGACUGCAAUUGGAACGUGGAUUUCAUGCAGGAGUUUGCGAGUGAUGUUGCGCAUAAAACGUGGUGGAAAGUGCACGAUGCUAUGCCAGGAAACUUGCAAAAGUUCUGUUUGCUUCGGACAGAGCAAAAGGCGGGACUAGAGUGGGAUCGGAGGCAAGCGGAGAAAGCAAAUUACACGGAUGGUCACUGGAAAAUUAAGAUCGAAGACAAGCGUUUGAAGACGUGCAACGAGGAGUUCUGCUCCUGGAAGAACAUGUUACGGCACUGGGGUGAAAAAAAUUGGACAGAUAACGCAAUUGUUACUCCCACACUACCGGCACUCACUACUUGAUCGGUCACUCCUUCGUGACCUGUUUUCUUCUUUCAUACUUGAAUACCGUCACGAUGACAUAAAUCGAUACGAAUGUGAGAAAUUUUUUUUGUAAAAUUUUGUUCUCGUAUUUCACUAUACCAACUUUUCCAUCCAGGCGGCAUUGGUUUGUUUUAUAAGUUUGCUAGUGCCUCUCUUGUUCCAAAUUUUCAGAACUAUUGGCAUAAUUCUUUACCUUUGUA